UACAACAAUAACAAAUAAACAGAGAAACGAAUUUCGUCAGAAAUUUGCAUUUGUCAUCGGCACAGACGACGGCGUCGCCUGUUGCGCCUAUUAAAGCCAAUUACUACCCAAACGAUAUCAUAGCGAAUAUAGAUCCACAAUAUACGGCAAACAUGACCCUGGACAGUUACAAUAUCUUCGGCGAUGAAUACCAUCUCUUUAAUAUGCCGUUAUCGCCAUUGCCCAAAUCGCUCGUUACAUUUGAUGGCAUGCAGAGUGCACCGACGCUGACAACGCCAACGCUGACGCCGACCACGCUGCGCACCAUUGAGGACACGAUCUAUGAGCUGACCACAACGGACUUGCAUGUGCCUUUCCAGGCGGGCUUCAAGCCGCCGCCGCUCACAUCCCUGGGCAACGUAACGAACAACAACACGAUCACGUCCACAACGGCUGGCGGCGCCACAUUGCCGGGGAUCAAUGCGAAUCUGAUCAAUACGAAUCCGCAAUUCGAUUUGAUUGCCCUGAACUGUGCUGGCAGUGUGCCCGGCAGUGAUACGGAGGAGUCCAAUGGCUCGUGGAACGAGGGACAGCUGAACGACGACCAAAGCACAACAGAUACUUCUAGUGCCGCGACAGACAGCACCUCUUAUCAGAAUGGCGGCCAUAUGAUGGGCAACGGCUCCAAUGGCGGGGUCAAUAACUUCUCGGCUGCCCUGUCGGGUGUCAACACUAGUGGACGCGGCUCGGGCCUUGCGGCCAAUUCAACUACCUCAAACAGUGCCACGCCGGCGCGUCGCGGCGGCGGACGUCGUCCGAACAAGGCGGCCAACAUGUCCCCGGAGGAGGAGGAGAAGCGCCGCAUUCGACGUGAACGCAACAAGCUGGCGGCCGCGCGCUGUCGCAAGCGUCGCGUCGAUCAGACCAAUGAGCUAACCGAGGAGGUCGAUGCGCUGAUGAAGAAGAGCGAGGAUCUGAAGAAGGAGAUUGAGAGUUUGACUGCGACCAAGUGUCACUUGGAGUGCGUGCUCCAGGCACACAGUUCCACAUGCCAGAAGGUGCGCGACGAUCUACUCACCGUGGCCACGUGCAAUGGCUUGAUUGGGCCCUCCACGCUGCUCAAUGCCUGCAACACCAGCAGCGUCAGCCUCCACAACAGCAACAAUAGCAACAACAACAGCAACAGCAAUGACAGCAGCAACGGCACCAUCACCGGCUUCGAUGCCACGCUCAAUUCGACCGGACGCAGCAAUUCACCGCUGGAUCUCAAGCCGGUGCUCAUAGAUGAGCAGCUGCUGCAGCACAUCAAGCACGAGCCGCAGGACGGUGCCAUCGAUUCGGGCUCAUCGCUGGACCAGGAUGGACCGACGCCGGCCAAACGCUUUGCGCUGCCCAACAUUGCCACAUUCAAUGCAUCUCUGCAAACGCCCACGGGCCCGGCCGCUGGCGCCUCAUUGAACACGCCCAUUUCGAGCACGGCACCGUCCAGCUUUGCGCACUUCAGCAGCGCCAUCAGCAGUCCCACUCUGAAUGCAAAUGCGCUGAACAAGCUGCCCAAGCCGCGUCCCAAUACGCUCAAUGUGAAUGCGCAGCGUCCGUUUGGCGUCGCUGCUGCCGCUGGCGAUGGCAAGGCGCCGCCCACACAGAUCCAGGGCGUGCCCAUUCAGACGCCCUCGACGGGCACCUUCAAUUUCGAUUCGCUGAUGGAUGGCGGCACCGGACUAACGCCCGUCUCUGGGCCGCUAAUGCCCACCUGCUCCUCCCAGAACAAGCAUCCGCUGGAGCUGCCAACGCCCACAAGUGAGCCGUCCAAGCUGGUUAGCUUAUAACCAGUGUAGGGUGCGUGGCGGUGGCGCGCCUCACUAGCGACAGUCAAACAUUACAUUUAGUUUAAUGCGUGUGUGCAGCGUGCAACGUGCCACAUGUGGCAACCAUUUAUGUGCAUAUGCAAAUUAUCAUAAGUAGAGUCAAACAUUACAUUUAGUUUAAUGCGUCAAUGCUGAAUGCCACGAAAGCAAGUCAAACAUAUAACCGUUAGUCGAAUGCGUGCAUCCAGCAUGCAGCAUGCAACAUGCAGCAUGCAACAUGUCACAUGUGGCAACAGCUAUGUUAAUGUUCAUAUACAUAAAUUAACGUUUACAUUUAACGAACGCUAAUUAAUUAAGAUUUUUACGCAAUGUUUUCUCUUGUUUUGUAACGACGAUUAUGUUUAUUGUAGCCCGGCUGCCACGCCCCCAGUCUUGGGGUGUGCCUGGCUGCCUUAUUUAAUAUUUUACAUUGUUUUUUCCCCCCGUUACAUAUAUAACUGCUUUUGUAUUAUUAUCUUUAUUAUGUUUAAUUUAUGAUUUGCUAUCAAUUAUCUAUAACUACUUAUAUACCAUAUAGAAUAUACAUGCAUAUAUAUACACACAUACAUAUAUAUAUGUAUAUACUAUACUUGUAUUUUUUGUGCAAUUUUUUCAACCAUUUUGAUUUGCGUGUGUUUUCAAAAAAUAUACAUACAUAGAAAUAUAUACAUAAGUAUAUAUAUACAUAUAUAUUUAAAGAAUGCCUAAAACAUUUGAACGAAAUGUAAAAAUGCUUUAAGUAAGGAUUGAAGUUGAGUUUGGCAAAGAAUGUUUGUUGUAUAUGAAGGAUGCGUUGUGAUAUUUAUUAUUAACAAGUUAAACAAAACAAAAGAGUAAAUAAAUAAAUAAAUUAACUAAAAAUAAAUCAUAUAAAGAAAGCAUUAACAGAGCGUGUAAUGAAACGAACUAUGCCGGUUUUAAAAUUGUACAUUUAAACAUUAAUAAAUAAAA